AUGACCGCUUACAGACGCAAAUCAUCAAGUAUACAAACAGAACGAACCAAGCCAUUAUUGGAGAGUUUCGCUGUACUGUUUUACUUGUGCAAAAUACUGGGUAUAAGUUCUCAAGACUGGGAAGAGUUUCGAAAGUAUAAACAUUUAAAGAGGUCAGCAGGUGGAGAAGGUCUUGUAAUAAUAGGCACAAUAAUAUUGUUCAUUAAUUUCAAUCUUAUGGUGGCAGUGUUUCAAUCCAAAAGCUAUUUAGUGGAGAAAGAUCUUUUGUCUCUGACUAUUGGUUUGGGCUUAACCUAUUUCAGUCUAGCCAUAUUUUUGGCUGAUCGUGUGACUGGCUUAUGGAAACAAAAAUGUUUCAUAAAUAUAUUCAGUGAUUUGGAAGAAAUCGAUGAGGAUUUUAAAGAUUUAAAUAUUAGUUUCAAUAAUAAUUAUAUUAAAUAUCGCUUAUGGGUGGCCAUUGUGAUGACAACUGCUUUUGAAGUUUUAACAUUCACCGUGUCAUUUAUACUGUUUGUGGACAAUGUCAAUUGGACGGCUUGGUUAUGGAUUUAUGUCAAUAUUCCCACCUUCCUAAAUACCCUAGACAAGUUGUGGUACCUUGGCUUACUCACUGCCAUCAAGAAACGAUUUGAGGCCAUCAAUAAUGCCUUCAAUGAGGAGGCUUUAAAGUUGGAGCGGAAACGCCAAAAGGAAAAAGAGUUUAAGCUUUCAAAGAAAAUUAAAAAGGAGAAAAAGAUCAUGAAAUAUACUUUCAAAAAUCAAAUACGACCAGUUACUAAAAAUUUCCAUGCUGUUUUUGGUGAUGUGGUAAGAAAUCCCCAAAUAUUUGCUAAUUCAUUUGAUGAUCCCAUUCCCGCAAUUUCACCUCCUCGUUUGUCUUCAACCUCCUCCGAUUCUUCAACAUACAAUGCCCCCGUUUACACCAGUUUGGAGGAGAGAUUUGUAAAAUUAUGUCAACUGCACGAUACUCUGUGUAAUGUGGGCAAACAACUCAAUGAAGUAUAUGCCUUUCCCAUUCUAAUGCUGAUGGGUUAUGGAUUUUUCAUUGUAACUGCACAAUUGUAUUUCUUUUACUGCUCUCAAGUGGAUCAGGUGGUUCCUGCAUUAUUUAGACCGGCACAAAGCUGGUGGCUAACUGUUAUUUAUAUUUUGUAUAUAUCUUCAAAGUGCGUAUUUAUUUUAUUUGGAAAUUGGCUAACAAAUUUGGAAUCGAAAAUGACGGGAAUUUGCAUACAUCGCUGUGCCUUGGCUGAUGAUAAGAAUGAUACUUAUGAGAUGAUAAAUCAUCUCUCCCUGAAACUCUUCAAUCAUCCCUUGAACUUUAAUGCCUGCGGUUAUUUCCCCUUGAAUAUGACAACAUUAUUUAGUUUUUGCGGCGGCAUUACAACAUAUUUGAUCAUAUUGAUACAAUUCAAUCUCGAGGAGCAACAAGUGAAAAGUAAUAGUGAUAAUGGCAAACCAAUGGCAUUAACAAUGUUGAAUGACACAUCUGACGACAGCAUGACUACGGAGAAUGUGGUUAAUGGGACACGUAGUGAGAAUGCAACAUCAUUAUUGACUAUGUUCUAUUAUACAUGGAAUGAGUACUUUAAGAAUGUUUAA